AUGCCCGGUCUCAUAUCGCAACCGAAAUGGCCGGAGGGCUGGCCUUCGUUCACGCCCAAGGACUGCAACCCCAAAGACACGGUUUCUUCAGAUCUCAAGAAGGCCAUCAUUGCAGAGUACGGAGCGGAGGCGCUGCGGCAGGCAUGGAUCAAGACGUGCAAUGCGCUGAGCUCCGUGACCUCGCGUAUCGCCGCGACGGGUGUUGAUUCGGUGCCGGUGUUUGAAUACGACGAGAUCAUAUCCAGUGGCUAUAAGAGCAACUUCGACAAUGAACAGGCUCUCAAGCGGAUCAGGGCCGUAGGAUGCUGCAUCAUCCGCGGAGUGAUCCCCCAAGAGGAAGCCACGCAGCACCUCGAGGAUUUGCAGACCUUUAUCGCCCAAAACGCCGACACUAUUACAGGCUGGCCCAAACAGACCCCGGCCAUCUUCCAUCUAUAUGAAAGUCCCGUGCAGCUCAAACUGCGUACGCACCCGAACCAGCUCCAACUCCAGCGGCUGCUGAAUUCGCUGUUCACCGACCCCACGAUCUCACCCGAGGAGGAAAAAGCGCAAUGCGAGCCCAUUUUGUAUCCGGAUGCCCUGCGCGUCAGGCAGCCCGGCCAGGACUUUGACGGUCUGGGCCCUCACAUCGACGGCGGCUCGUUGUCGAGAUGGGCUGACGACGAGUACCGACACACGUACCACAAGAUCCUGUCCGGCCAUCCGGAGGAGUACGACCCAUACGACCUUUCGCAUCGACGAGUGGCCAAGCCCAGCAUGUUCCCCGGCGGCGCAAUGUGCACUGUUCUACGCAAUUUCCAAGGCUGGACCGCCCUAACUGAAUGUAGCCCAGGUGAGGGCGGCCUCAUGGUUAUGCCGGACAUACAUCUGGCCACGGCAUACAUGAUUCUGCGACCGUUCUUCAAAGACCCCCGGCACAAGGAUACUGACCAAGGCAACGAUUGGAAAGAUCCUGAGAAAUGGGAGCUAGACGACUCAUCCUGGUUUCCCGGCACGUACCCGAUGGACGCCCAGCUCUUGAGUCCCGCCAGCCACCCUCAUCUCCAUCUGGAAGAUACGCUGGUCAGCGUCCCGACCGUGUAUCCCGGCGACACCAUCUGGUGGCAUGCAGAUGAAUUGCUAGUGGACAAGUCGCUGAUCGUUGACCUACAGAUGUGCCAUGCCGUCGAAACCACCCACAACGGCACCCGGCCCGCAGCCGUCGUCUACAUCCCCGCCGCGCCCUCGACGCCCGACAACAAAGAAUACAUCCGUCGACAUUGGAGGGAUCUGCUGGCUGGAAACCCCCCAGAUGAUUACAAGUACCUCGACGGCACGGGCACCGAGCUUGUACUGAGCAAGCAGAACGAGAGGAAUAUGAUCGGAGCCUUGCCGAUCGACACGAUCAGUGCGGAGGGGAGGAGAGCGUUAGGAGAGGGAGUAUAG